AUCUUCUCCAGCUCAACACCUUGUCCGCGAAGAAUUCGUGACAUGUUAAUCGAGGAUUAGGAGGUACAGAAAUCAUACUCAAACAACUUUGAGGACAUCCUUCUAGAAAUAAUAGUUCUUUGUUUCGUUUCAAAUUUCACUGUCUCAAUUCGGUACCUGACCACGAAAAAAUGACGUUGUUCGUAACUGUCGGAACGACAAAGUUUGAGCCGUUGAUCGAUGCUUGCUCCACGCCACUUUUUUUCCGAACACUAUGCGACGAAGGCGUUCAGAAUUUAGUACUGCAAAUCGGACAAGGGAGGUGGCCGGAGAGUAUUUUCGGUGCUGACAAAGAUGCGACGAAGAAAGAUCAAGACGUCCGGGUUGCUGUAGUUGACUGCAGUGCUGAGGAGAUGGAUGGAAAAGUAGACGGAGUAGCUUCGCAGAAAUUACCGCCAAUCUCGACUGACACGCUGACAGAGGAAUUAGGCUCAACAUCAACAAAAAAACUCACAACUGCAACAUCAACUACAAAGAAACUCGUCAAAGUUUACGUCUUGCGCUUUCUCUCCAACAUCACCGCUGUCCAGCGUCUAGCCACAGUAAUCGUGUCGCACGCUGGCGCCGGCUCGAUUCUAGGAGCAUUGCGGAUGCGAAGACGGCUUUGUGUUGUGGUAAAUGCAGCUUUGAUGGACAAUCAUCAAAGUGAACUGGCCACAGCGGUAAAAGAAGGAAAUUACGCACGUGUUGUUGACAUGACCACGACCACGUCGUCGUCCCCAGGUGACGCUCCCGGAGGUGAGGAAAAUCGUGAACAACCUCCUUUAGAGAAGCAAGUUUCCGACGAAGUGCGCUGUGCAUUACAGAGCACGCUCAUGACAACAGCUUCCACAACUGUUACUGGUGCGAAUGAUAUUGAUGAAGAGAAGAAUUAUAUUACAAGAACUUCUUCAUCUUCUAAAGCUCUUGAAAAUGAACUUAGUACCUCUUCAACUACAUCUAAAAGAGGUGUUGAAAAACAACUAUUCUUGCAAGAAUACCCACCAGCAGAUAGGACACUCUUUAACAAAAUUAUCGAAGAGGAAUGCGGACUGCAUCCAAUUUCGUCUUGUGGUAGGGAUUAUAGAUUUACAAGGUAUUAA